AUUUGAACUGUCAAAUUAACAACUGCUCUGUGGUAGUGUGGUAGUCGACUAGUCGGUCGCUAGUCGCUAGUGUUUUGUUUGGAUAACAUUGUCAAAACUAUUCAUUUUUCUAACAAGAAAGGCAACAAGUUCAAAUAAGGAAUAAAAUAGCUUGACGUGUCUAAGAAGUGAUUGUAUGCUCCCAAUUUGUAUUUUCAGCAAUUUUGAUUCUCUGGAUGGCUCGUGCAUUUUUACUUAUGGAAGCAUUGGAAAGCGAAAGAAUGCACGAUCAAAGACGGCAAUCUUCUCGCCUACGACGUAUUUUUCAGUAUCUAUGACUUGAAGUUCAUAAUGAUUAUCAAAUAUAUAUUGCACAUUCCUACCACAGUAUAGAAACAUAUUGGUUUUAGGUAUUAGCAGCACUUCUGGUGCUAGCCACUGGUUCCUGGCAGAAACAUAUUGGCAUUGGUUUUUACAUGGGCUCAGUCAACCUAGUGUAUCCAAAGCACUGAGGGAAAUGGUGGAUGCAUUAAAUCAUCCAGACAUUCUAUCUAAGCAUAUUUACUUCCCUCAAACACUGUUAGAGAUUAUAGUAAUUAUAUUGCCAUUAUUAAGCAAGUGAGAUUGCAUAUCAAAAUUAAAUGGUGGAUCAUUAACUGAGAAACCAAUGAGUUCAGCUACAUCAAAAAGUUUCAACACAUGGAAGUUUACAUUACCUGAUAAAAAUUCCAUCGCUGUUGAAAUUUCCUAUUAACAAGAGUAAUAAGUCAAUAUUCAUCGAUCCUAAGAUCAAUACCUCAGACUCAUCAUCUGUAAGAUUAACACUACAGCAAAAAAUCCGAGUCUUAAUAUUACACAUAUUUUAGGCAACAUACCGGUUUCAGCACUAAUAUUUACUGAUUUUUUUUUUACUUUAGUUGUAAUUAUUGUUAUAUGCCUGCUUGAAGAUGAGUAAUAAUGAAAGAUAUAUUUUUACAGGUGACUCUGGACACAUCCAUUAACACAUUCAGUGCGCAUGACUUUGAUCGGAGUCGCCGCAUUCCUAAGCGCAGUGCGUGCGACUCCAAUCGGAGUCACCCACUACUUGCUACGGAAAGCGGCAGUCUGGAACGAGCGCGCGAAUUAGAUGCAUGUAAAUUUGGGAGCGUGUAGGAAAGGUAUCAGCAGUGAAGAAUUUGUGCUCUGUUUCCGGUUUCUUUUUUUGCUGGGUUAAUAUGGCGGAGGGUCCCUCAAAGUCCAAGAAAUGCAGACCCACAUUCAGAAACCCCAACAAGCUCACUGACGAGGAGCUUCUAGCAGCUUUGAUGUAUUCGAGUGAUGAAGAGGAUGAUCUUUUGGGCGGAAGCGGUUACCAAAGUGAUUUAGAUCUUACUCUGGAACAGUGCGAUUCUGAAUCUGAGGUAGACGAUUCAGCCGAAGCUGACAAGGCGUGGUACUUACUGUACUGGAACACUAAAUCCGAAGAGGAAGAAUAA